AUGAAGGGUUUGUUUCUCGGUCUCGUUGUUUGCCUGUUGGUGGUGAUUUUACCAGCUGCAUUGGCUCAUGAUCCCGAGCCUGUUCCCACUUCCCCUAAAAAAGGAAGAGUCGCUUACUAUCGCAUGUCCAACGGCUUAGGAACGCCAGCCGGAGCUUGUGGAUAUGCCAAAACUGGCAUAACUUACAACUACGGCAACGUCGCAGCCGCAUCUAGCAAGCUGUGGAAGAAUGGAGCUGCCUGUGGCGCUUGUUAUCUAGUGAAGUGCGGGAUAAAAGGCAUCUGCAACAGCCAAGGAGUGAAAAUAGUGGUGACGGAUCGCGGAGAUGGAGACAACACGGACUUCAUCCUCAGCUCCCACGCCUUCGAAACCAUGGCUCUACCCAACAAGGCUUCUCAGUUGCUACCCAAAGGCGUGGUCGACGUCAAAUACGAGCGAAUUCCGUGCAAGUAUCCGGGCCACGAUAGGCUCAUGGUGAAGGUGACGGAGCAGAGCAGGUUUGCGGAAUACUUGUCCGUUGUUCUUUUGUACCAAGGUGGUCAAUACGACGUUUUAGGCAUCCAAAUCUAUGACGGAAGUGUGAAGCAAUGGAAGGACAUGAGGAAUGCAUACGGCGCCGUUUACGAUCUGCCUAAUCCACCUAAGGGCCCGAUUUCGUUGAGGCUGAAACUCAAGAAUAUUGCUUCAGGAGGAGCAGUGAAACUCGUCAAGCUGGAUAACGUUAUCCCACGUUUCUGGAAGGCUGGGGUUGCUUAUGACUCCAAGGUUAAGCUUGCUUAA